GACACCAUUCAUUCUUUCACCCUUCGUCACAAUCAGUCAGUCCAUCGCUUGAGAUCUCCCCAUCCAUCCAUCCAUCAAUCAAUCCAUCAUGUCAAGUAGAAGAAGGGCAUAUCCACAACCUCAAUAUGCUACAACUCCCAUUGAUACUGGUAUUCCUUCCCCAUCUUUCCCAAAUCAAUCCCAACAACAACAGCAACCAGUCAUAGGUUUAGGAAUCCCUCCUCAACUUUCACUAGAUCAAACCACUCAAAACUUUAGAAAUUUAAGUAUAGGAUCUAAUCCUAACUCUCCUUAUUCCCCUCAAGUUAAUCAAUUCUCUCAAAAUAGACCUCCAUCAAAUGCUAGCAGUCCUUUGGUUAGUCAAUUUUCUCAAUCAUCCCUUCAAAGACAUCCAUCAUUUUUAGAUCAAGCUCAAGCUUUUGGUAAUCCUUUGAAUCAAUUAUAUACUACUGAUUUAUCAAGAGAAUUACCUCCUCCAAUAUCAGAUUUAUCAUUACCUCCUCCUCCUAUAGUAUUACCUCAAAAUGCUUCUUUAAACGCUAAUAAUGAAAUAGCAAAUGCUUCACCUGAUUAUUUUAGAUCAACUUUAAAUGUCAUACCAAAUACUCCUGCAUUAUGGAAAAAAUCAAAAUUACCUUUGGCUUUAAUCCUUCAUCCUUAUAAUUCAUUAACCGUUGAUGAUGAACAAAUUCCCGUCACUUCAGAUACAAAUAUUGGUAGAUGCCGCCGAUGUAAAGGUUAUAUUAAUCCAUUUAUAACUGUUACUGAAAAUGGUAGAAAAUGGAAAUGUAACUUUUGUGAUUUAUUAAAUGAUAUACCAGCUGGUUUCGAUUAUGAUGAAAUUACAGGUCAAGCUCAAAAUAAAUUCGAUAGAGUUGAAUUAAAUUAUUCAGUGGUUGAAUUCUUAGCUCCAAAAGAAUAUAUGGUAAGAACUCCUCCUCCUAUUGUUUACACUUUUCUUAUUGAUAUAUCGGUUAAUGCAGUUCAAAGUGGUUUAACUGGAACUAUUUCAAGAACUAUUUUAGAAAGUUUAGAUCGAAUUCCAAAUGUUAAUCAAACUGCUAAAGUAGCUUUCAUUGGGGUUGAUUCAAAUUUACAUUAUUUCCGUUUCAAAGAAGGGUUUGAAGAUGUGGAUACUUUAAUUGUAUCUGAUAUUGAUGAACCUUUCUUACCUACACCUGAUGGGUUAUUAAUUAAUUUAAAUGAAAAUAGAACUGCUAUUGAAAAAUUCUUAAUUGAUUUUCCAACUUAUUUUGAAGGUGCAGCAAAUCAAGGUUUUGCUUUAGGUCCAGCUUUAAAAUCAGGUCAUAAAUUAAUCAAUAAUAUCGGUGGUAAAAUCAUAUGUUUUUCAGCUUCAUUACCAACUAUUGGUGAAGGUAAAUUAUCAGUAAGAGAUGAAUCAAGUGUGGCAGGUAAACCAAAAGAAGCUAAAAUACUUUUAACUCCCGCUGAUAAUUUUUAUAAAUCAUUUGCAAUUGAUUGUAAUUCAAAUCAAAUCACGAUUGAUUUCUUUUUAACUUGUUCGUCAUAUCAAGAUGUAGCAACUUUAUCUGAAUUAUCUCAUUAUACUGCUGGUCAAACUCAUUUUUAUCCAGGUUGGACUGGUAAUAAUAUAGAAGAUGUUAAAAAAUUAUCUAAAGAAAUUAGUGAACAUUUAUCUCAAGAUUUUUCAAUGGAAGCUGUAUUAAGAGUUAGAGGUUCAAAAGCAUUUAGAAUGAGUGAAUUUUAUGGUAAUUUCUUUAAUAGAUCAUCUGAUAUUUGUUCAUUCCCAACUUUUUCAAGAGAUCAAAGUUAUGUUAUUGAAGUAGCUAUUGAUGAAAAUAUAAAUCAACCAGUGGUAUAUUUCCAAGCUGCUAUAUUAAAUUCUACUUCAUUUGGAGAAAGAAGAGUUAGACUUCUUAAUUUAGCUAUUCCAACUUCAAGUAAAUUAAAUGAUGUUUAUGCUUCUGCUGAUCAAUUAGCCAUAACAAAUUAUUAUGCUCAUAAAACUGUUGAAAAGGCAUUAACAAGUUCAUUUUCGGAUGCCAGAGAAUAUUUAACUUCAAAAGUUGUUGAAAUUUUGAAUCUUUAUAGAAAAGAUUUAGUAGCAGGUAAUGUUUCAGGAGCUUCACCAUUACAAUUGUCAACUAAUUUAAGAUUAUUACCAUUAUUAUUAUUUUCAUUAGCAAAGAAUUUAAGUUUUAGAGGUGAAAGAGUUCCAUCUGAUCAUCGAGCUUCAGCUAUGAAUGCCCUUACAUCACUUCCUAUUAAACAAUUGAUUAAAUAUAUUUAUCCAACAGUUUAUAGUUUACAUGAUAUGCCGGAUGAAUGUGGAUUACCUGAACGUUCAGUUCAAAUUGAUGAAGAAACAGGUGAUGAAUUAGAACUUAUAUCCAAUGAAAUAUUAUUACCUGAACCAAUUAAUGGAUCUAAAAGUUCAUGGGAAAAUUAUGGAUUAUAUUUAGUUGAUAAUUCAACCGAAUUAUUCUUAAUGGUAUCAGGUAAUGUGGUUCCAGGUUUAGUAAAUGAUUUAUUUGGUACCGAUAAUUUAUAUGCUAUUCCAACUGGUAAAACUGAAUUACCUGAAUUUGGAUUUGAAGAAUCAGAAUUUAAUUAUAGAGUUCGUCAAAUCAUUGCUAAAUUAAGAAAUCAAAAAGAUUCUAUAACUUGGAAAUCAUUAUAUGUGGUGAUUGGAGGUUCAUCAAAUGAACCUAUUGAAAUCUCUCAAAAUCGUGAUUUAAUAGCCUUAAGAAUGUGGAUUUUUAGUUGUUUGGUUGAAGAUAAGACAGGUUCAGAACCUUCAUAUAGAGAUUUCUUAACUUCAUUAAAAGCAAAAAUCACCACCUAAUUGAAAAAUAAAAAAAAUAAUCGUAUUAUAUCUUAUCAUUUCCUUUAUGUACUUUUCUAUUCUAAU